CAAAAGCGGCACGUUAUAGUUUGCGCGUGUAUAUCUCCUUACUUCCACUUUGAAGCGAAUUUGAACUAAUCUCUCAAGUUUUCAUAAAAUUUCAGAAGUUUAGUAGGAGACGCUUAAACGACGGUGUUCAAUAUACCAAAUCAAUCAUAGUAAUCGUCAAAAAGGCAAAAGAAUAUGCUGCCGCUUUUGUUUUUUUUCGCGAGCUCCACUACCAAACAAUCCACUUUUUGUUAUAUGGGGAGUCGUUUGGUUGAAGACCCCAAACCCCCAAUGAAGCUUGCUCCGCGGUUCCCACACCGCGAGAAAUCAUGGAAUCGAUACGGAGUUGUUCUCAUCGCCUUGGGGUCUGGGGCAAUCGUUUUUAUGCACUCCCCCACGUUUCUGUUCUCGGCCGAGAAAUAUAUAUCUGAGCUACCUCCUUCUCCAUUCCCUUCUUUUCGGACUUGCCAGACCACCCUCGAAUCAUCAGCCUAUCGCAAUCAUGGUUCUACGUGGAAAGCAAUCCUCUCUUGCCCAGCUCGGUCUGGUUGUCGCUCCAGCAUUCGUGCUCUUCGGUUACAACCAAGCUGGAAUUGGUGGCCUGCUGAGUGUGAAAGAUUGGACUGAGACUUUCCCAGAGAUUGAUACUGUCCGUAAGUGUUAUCCCGCACUCCCCUUCUUUUCAAAGCUAUCAAGUUGGGAGGUUUUGUUAUCUCUGUUGCUAACCUCCGGCUUACAGACGUCACUGGGGCGGUGAAAAUGCAACACUCUCUUGUCCAGGGUACCACCGUUGCUACCUUCGUACUGGGUGCUUUGGUUGGUGCUUUGUCCUGUAUAUUUACUGGAGAUAUCUUUGGUAGAAGGUAGAAUUAUCUUGAAGUAUAAGGGGGAACAUUGCUAAUGUCCUUAAAGGAAAUUGAUUUUCGGUGGUGCACUACUGACCUUCGUCGGGGAGGCGCUCUGUUGUACCUCUUUCGGCUUGGCUCAAUUUAUCGUCGGAAGAACGAUAAUUGGUAUGGGUGUGGGGAUCCUUUCAGCUACGGUUCCUGUCUGGCAAGCCGAAUGUUCUGAUGCAAAGUUCGUAUUUCCGUUUCUCUUCCCUCCCACACAUUUCAAAGAGGUUGAGAUAUUUCUUGCCUUGAAGUUCUGUGUUGCUGAAACGACAGUACUAACUUCAAUACUUCUAGACAUCGUGGAAAGCACGUCGUACUUGACGGUCUUUUCAUCUCUUUUGGAUACGUUUUGGAGUCAUGGAUCAAUCUUGGCUUCUUCCAGAUCAAAACCGGAUCCGUGUCUUGGAGACUUCCACUUGCACUACCAACCGUGGUCUCGUUGCUUCUUAUGGCAAGCAUCUUUAGCAUGCCAGAAUCUCCUAGAUGGUUGGUUCGUGUCGGAAAAACAGACGAAGCUAGACGCAAUUUGGCAAUUUUGAACGAUGUUGAGGAGACAAGUGCUGUAGUAAACUUGGCAAUUGUACGAAUUUCUUUCUUCAAAAGAAGCUGAAAUCAGACGCUAACUCACUGUAGGCUGGAAUCGAGCACAAUGUCGAAGAAAUGAAGGAGCAAGGAUUGGGACUCAAGGAUUGCUUCAAGAGUGGUCCGGAUAAGCUAUUCUACAGAUUUACUCUCUGUAUUCUGCUCCAAUUCUACCAACAAAUGUCUGGAAGCAACUUGAUCUGUAAGUCACAUUAUUCGGCAAAACACCAUUGUCAUAUACUAAUCAAUCACAGCUGUCUACGCCCCAAUCAUUUUCCAAGAAGGUCUCAAGCUCGACAGUCAAACUUCUAGAAUCCUCUCAGCUGGAGCCCUCACUUGGAAGUUCUUGUCAUGCUUCGUUGCUUUCUUCACCAUCGACAGAUUUGGGCGUAGAGCUCUUUUCUUGGUCAGCGGUAUUGGAAUGGGGUGUUGCAUGUUGUCAUUGGCCAUCGCUACAUCCAUGCCAGAAGAUAACAAAGCUGCUUCAAUCGCCUCCGUAUUUUUCAUAUUCAUGGUAAGUUUCUCUAAAUCUUUGGCAUUGAUUAUCCACUAACAAUCUCCAAGUUCAACUUCUUCGUCCCAAUCGGAUUUCUUGGAGCCAACUUCCUUUACUGCGCCGAGAUUGCUCCUCUAAGUCUCCGUGUGGCAAUGUCUUCCGUUUCCACCGCCAACCACUGGCUCUGGAACUUCGUCGUUGCCAUGGUUACUCCAACCGCCAUCAACGAACUUGGAUACAAGUACUAUAUACUCUACUGCGUUAUCUCGUUCUGCAUCCCUCUAUCCGUUUUCUUCUUCUACCCUGAGACUAUGGGUCAGAGUCUUGAACAGAUUGACUCCAUGUUCAAAGACAAUGAUUCGAUCUUCGCUGUUGUCAAGCAGAGUAUUAAACAAUCAAAGAGAACACCAAACAUACCCGUUGACGAGAAGGGAGAUAUUAUCGCUUCUCACGCUGAAAAGGUUGAUGCUGAAAAGGGAAUGUCCUCAGCAUCCGAUAGCGAUGAAAUUUCCGCUAAGGAAUAGAUACGAGAAACUCACUGGAAUGAUAAUUGACGAAUAGACACUAGAUGUGUUCAGGACUAAACUAGACAGUUAUUACUGCUACGAAUAUAAUGUUAU